GCGCAUGUCGACACGUCAGAAAUUCAAGAUGGCGUUCACGUUUUACAGUUUGCUCGAAGCUUGUCUUUUAGUCGUAAAUGCCGUGGCUGUGCUUCACGAAGAACGUUUUUUGGCUAAAGUUGGUUGGGGAACUGACCAACUGUCAGGAUUUGGAGAAGAUAGAGGAACAAAACAUCAAGUCAUUAACCUUAUUCAUUCUGUUAGGACUGUCAUGAGAAUUCCUCUAAUAUUGCUAAACUCGCUGACAAUACUGCUACUACUGUUGAUGGGAUAAUAUCACGUGCAAAAUGCAACAAAACUAUAUACAUUUUAAUGACCUCAAGAGACUCAAUUUGUCAACUGCUACUUGGUAUGGAAAUCAUCAGCAAAUUGUACAGCGACCAAAUGGAGGAACGUGCAUUCUUAGUUUCUACCCCUUCCUCUGAACAUAUCAAGAAACAAUACCAGAAUUUACUACCAGGAAUAAAGAGUUCAAGAUUAA